AUGUCGGCCGUGCUUGAACAACUGAAACUAGUUGUUGAGAUACUACAACGAGCAUUUCCACCUCCAGCACCGUCUUGUAUUCCACCACCACCAGCACCGUCUUGUACUCAAUCACCUCCAGCAUCAUCUUCUCCUCGACCACCACCGUCGUCUUCUUCACCACCCCCGUCGUCUUCUCCACCACCGCCGUCGUCUUCUCCACCACCGCCGUCGUCUUCUCCACCACCGCCGCCGUCGCCUUCACCACCAUCUCUUCGACCUCGUCCACCAGUAGCAGUUGUACGACCAUAUCGAUAUGGAGGUCGAAUACAUAUGCGAAGAGCGCGGCGUCCACAUUGGCCUCGCCAUACUCCUCGACGACGCCUCCAACUCCAAUAA